CAUUGUUUGUUUACGUUUGAAAUGUGUGUUGAAUCGCUUUUAAAAACGAGUCUACAUGACAUAUUUCAUCAUCGUUGUCGCUGAAAAUUUUCACGCAAUUCUAAUAAUUUUGUAACACGUUAAUCUUUUUUAUGUAAUUUAUUUUAAAAACAACAACUUGUAGUAUUGAAAAUUUUGUAAAGAAUGGAAUCAAGCUGUAAUUCUAAACACUCCUUAGAUGAUCUAGAAGCAGAGUCUCCAAAUAAAAAACAGUGUUUAGAGUCUGAACUUUUGCUGAAUAAUAAAUGUGAUGAAAUUCCUGGUUCUGACACACUUGCUUUUGAUCAGAAUGAGAAAACUUUUAAGAGAGCAUCUGAACAUGAUGUUGGUAUCACAGAAUAUCUGAGUGACUUACCUGGAUUUAAAGCAGUUAUGAAGGAAAGAUAUUCUGAUUUUAUUGUGAAUGAAAUAGAUAUUGAGGGAAACGUUGUCAGACUGACAAAUUUGGAGAAACCUAAAAAUCCUGAAAGUGAUUUGAAAGUGGAUGGUUUAUUAGAUGAUGAAACUGUGAAAAGCAUAGAAGAGCUUAUUGCAGAUGAAAGAUCUGAAGUGGAAAUUAAUGUAACUGACAAAGACAAAGAUACAAGAAAAGAAAUUCAUGUAGCUAUACGAAAAAUGUUUAAUGGUGUUGAAUCUUCUACAGAAGACAGAGGCCCUGAGAAGUUUAUAUUAGUGAAAAAAUUUGCCAAGCAAAAAAAGCGUCGGCGAUGUCAACUCUCAGUUGGUGGAAAUUAUUUACAUUUUGUAUUAUAUAAAGAAAACAAAGAUACAAUGGAUGCAAUAAAUAGCAUUGCAUCAUUUCUCAGAGUUAAUCCAAAAGUUUUCGCAUAUGCUGGUUCAAAGGAUAAAAGAGGAAAGACAAGUCAGUUGGUUUCUGCAUACCAAAUCUUUCCCGAGAGGCUUCUUAAAAUUAAUUCUGAAUUCAAUAUGAUCAGAGUAGGCAAUAUAGUUUUUAAAAAUGAACAACUCAAAUUGGGUGACUUAAGAGGAAACCGUUUUGUUAUUAUUUUAAGACAGUUAGAAGGAGAUUCAAGUAUCAUAAGAAAAGCCAUUGAUUCUCUUUCUACAAAAGGAUUCAUAAAUUAUUAUGGUUUACAACGAUUUGGCACAUCAUUCGUUCCCACACACUCCAUAGGAAGAUUAGUUCUUCGUUCACAGUGGAAAGAGGCAAUAAAUUUAAUCUUAACUCCAAGAUCUGAAGGUGAUGAUGAAUUAAAUGAGGCCAAACGAAUCUGGGCAAAAACUGAAGAUGCAAACUUGGCUCUGAAAAAUCUGAGACGGAAAUCAAGUAUAGAGGGAAAAUUACUCUGUGGACUUGCUUCUAAUCAUAAAAGAGAUUUCUGUAAUGCUUUUGGAGCUAUUCCUCGAAAUAUGCGACUUAUGUACUUACAUAGUUAUCAAAGCUAUAUUUGGAAUAAAGUUGCCUCAAAAAGAAUAAAAGAAUAUGGUUUAAAAGUUUUAAAAGGAGAUUUAGUACCACGAGUAUCUGAUGUGCUUGUUGAUAACUGUGAAGAAGAUAAGGAAGAAGGGAAUAGAAAAGCUAUGCUGGAAAGCAUUGUUAAAGUAAUUACUGAAGAUGAAGUUGAUAAAUAUCAAAUAAGUGAUGUCUUAUUGCCUCUUCCUGGACAUAGUGUUGUAUUUCCAGAUAAUAAAACUAAAGAUUGGUACAGUGAUUUCUUAAAAGAAGAUGGAAUGGAGUGGAGUGAUUUUGAUUCAAAAGUGAAAGCUAAUUCACUCAGUGGAGCUUACAGAAAAUUAAUUAUAGUCCCUGAAGAUGUGAAAUGGGAAAUAAUUCCAUAUUCUGAUGUUACUAAAUCUGUAGUUUUGAGUGAUUUAGAUAAAUUACAAGGAUUACCUGAUCCAGUAAUUGAGAAAGAUGGAUUACUGAAGGCUUUGAAGUUGGAAUUCCAGUUGCCUCCAUCUGCUUAUGCUACGAUGGCAAUACGAGAAAUCUCAAAACAAAGUACCUGUUAUGUGUCACCGAGUGAUAAAUAAAAUGUGUUUUAACUGUA